AUGGAAGACAUCGAGGAUGUGGGCAAGCAUGGAAAGCCGACUUGCCACUUCAAGGUGGAGCUAUUAGAGCAAGUUCGAUCACAGCUUUCGAAGCAGAUGAAGCACCAAAUCGAGUGCCACACGGAUAUCCUACUUCAGGAGAUGAAGAGUAUUCGUGCCGAGAUGUCUGCGAACUUCGCUUUGCUGAGUGGGGACCUGAAAGAUUUGAGGAACAGAAAGGUUGAAGCGGACUUUUCGUCCUUCGACUUCUCAGCGGUGGUGACUCACUUUGACGAAUCCAAAGUCAAGGUUGACUUUGAUCCAGUCUUGACAGCUAUUCGUGAGAAGAACUUUGAUGUAGACCUGACGCAGGUGUUAACACACAUCGAUGAGAAGAAGUUCGAUGUCGAUUUUUCACAGGUGUUAACACGCAUCGAUGAGAAGACGUUCGAUGUAGACGUUUCACAUGUGUUGACACGCAUCGACGAGAAGAAGUUCGAUGUAGACUGGUCGGAGGUGUUGACACGCAUCGAUGAGGUGCGCACAGCCAUCUACGAGAAGAACUUCGACGACAAAUUCUCUGCGCUUUUAGAAGCCAUCCGCUCACAGAAGUUUGAUGUUGAUUCAUCGAUUGACUUUUCAUCGGUGUUGGCACACAUCGAUGCCAAGAAGAUAGAUGUCGACUUCUCUGAUGUGUUGGCACACAUUGAUGCGAAGAAGUCAGAUGUCGAUCUCACAUCACUCGUGACGCGCAUCGAUGAUGUGCUCAAAGCUAUCCGCGAGAAGAGCUUCAACGUCGAUUUUUCAUCAGUCUUGACACGCAUCGAUGAGAAGAAGGUCGACGUGGAUUUCUCGUCAGUGUUGGCACGCAUCGAUGAGAAGAAGCUGGACAUAGACUUGUCGUCACUGUCAGCACGCUUUGACGAACUUCUCCACGCUAUCAACUCGAUAUCGAUCCCCGCUGCCCCUGGCCCGUCUGUCGUCGAUGUUGACAUCACAUCCGUCUUGACACGCAUCGAUGAAAAGAAGCUGGAUGUCGACUUUAAGGAAGUGCUUGGCCCCAUUCGCGAUCUCUCGGCAUCGCUGACGCGCAUUGAAAAUAAGAGGUUGGAUGUCGAUUUCUCUCAGGUCAUCCGAGCCAUCCGCGAGCAGAAGUUCGACAUCGACUUCGCCCCGGUCUUGGCAGCCAUUCAUGGCAAGAAGACCGAGGUCGACUUCUCUCGUGUUCUGGCAGCCAUCGAUGCCAACAGGGUCGAUCUUUCUCAAGUGAAGGUGGACAUAGACUUUACAGCAGUGAUGAGAGCCAUUGAGGCGAACCGGGACCUCAAGCUCGACGUGGAUUUCUCGGCAGUCUUGACAGCCAUCGAGAACAUCAAGGUGGACGUAGACAUCUCGGAGGUGUUGCAGACCAUCCGACAGUACAGUGAUCCUCAGCCAAUCCUCGAUGCCAUCGCCAACAUGAGCGCUUCGUUCACUGCUCGCAUCCAUACGGGAGGCUUAGAGGCGGCUAUUGACCAGCUGCACCUUAAGCUGGAGGACAUCGACAAGAACGGCGAGCAAGCCAAAGCACUCGUUCACGCCUUCAGAAGCAACAUUGACGCCUCUCUGUCAGCCUACCACCAGGAGUCGAUGCUGGAGCUUUCGAAACUGGUGAACAUUGUAACCAGAAGUUCAAGUUCCAGUACGGUGUUUCGGCAGGAGGCCACACGGAUCGAAGCAGAGGUGGCGGUGACGGGCUCCACUGCCUCGGGGUGA